AUGAAUAAUAAGUAUUCAAGUAUUUGGUUAGAUAAGAGAUUUAUUUUUUUUGGUUUUGAAGACAAGAAAGAAUUAGAAAUUCUACAUAAAGUAUAUGUGAUACCUAAUGGUGGGAAGGUUAUAGAAUCUAAAGAUAUAUAUACAACAGAAGAUAAAGAUGUUGAUUAUGCAAUUUGUAAUUAUGACUUGGGUUAUAGAAGAAGAGUUCCAGAGAUAAAUUAUCAAAAAUUAAGGACUCCAUUUUGGCUUUGGCUUUGUGUAAAGGAUAAAUGGAAUUACUCAUCACUAUGGCACCCUUUUUUCAGACCAAAUGGAAACUUUCAUUUAAAUCUAUUAAAUGGAAUUCAAAUAGAGUUUAUAAGUUAUUCUAUUGCGAAGAAUAGCCAGUUAAAUGAUGAAUCUACACCAGAAAAAAUAAGAGCAAUGAAUGAUAUCAGUAUUUUAACUGCAUUUACUUAUACACAAAUGGGUGCUUGUAUUACAAAUACCUAUAUAAGUUCAUCUAAUAAUUUUUCUUGGAAUAAUUCAAAUAUUAAAUUAAAUUUAGUUAUAUUAUGUGAUGAAAAGAUAUUAGAUGAAGAUAUAAUGAGUAGAUUAAUGGCAUAUAAAGAGUCUGGAUAUCUAAUACUAAAUGUGAAUUGGCUUUAUGAUUGCUAUGAAGAAGGGGUAAUUGUAGAUUUAACAUCUUAUAUAUACUUAUUUCCACAUGAAAAGGAUUCUAAAGAUGAUACUCAAACAAAUAUACAAGUACUAAAUACGACUAAAGUCAGCAUAAAUUUCCAGAUUGAACAAAAUAAAUAUGAGAUAUUAGCAUCUCAUGAAGUUGGUAUGAAUUGGUCAACUGCCUUAAAUGUAUCAGGUAUAAAUAAGGUAAACAUUGUACGUUUUAGUCAAUAUAUACUUGAUUACAUCCUAGAUUACAAUUUUAAUUAUAAUAACAAAAAGUUAGUUUUGUUAUUUAAUGAUGAAGGUGAGGAAGUAGAUUUUUGGUAUGAUUUGUCUAACUCUAUUAAAUCAACAUCUAAUGAUUUACGUAAAAUAAAAAGUAACAUUAUUCCUUUCUUUAAAAAUUCUCUUAUAAUAAUAUUAGAUGUUGCUAAAUAUAUAAGUUUGGCAGGUGAGAAUUCUUCAUUUGAGAAUUUAGGUAGAAAAGUUGGAGAUACUUUACCAAAACAUCUUGAAGAUGCAAUAAAUCAAAAAUUAGAAGAUAUGGACAGCUUAUUUUCUUUAUUAAAUUCUCAAUAUUUCACAGAUUUAGAUAGUUUUGUAGAAUAUAAGAUCGAUGAUAAAGGUGAUUUCAAUAUUGAGAGGAUGAAUAAAGCUAUAAAGAGAUUUGACAUAUCUGAAAGAAGAUGGUAUCAAUCUACAUUAGGCGGGUGA